AUGCCUGAUAGCAAGAUCCCGCAGCCAGGGCCAGCGAAGCUGAAGCGCAAUGCUGGCCCUGAUGAGUGGCUGGAGGCCGCCAAGGACUGCAAAUACCUGUCAGAACCGCACAUGAAGCAACUCUGUGAAAUUGUCAAGGAAUACAUGAUGGAAGACCCCAAGAUCCGCAAGAAGCUCCGUGGCCCUAGCGUGAGCUCCAAGGACGAGGAAGAGACGGGCGCACGCAGUCGAUCAGCUAGCGAUACCUCUGAGGCCCUUCAACUCAACCGCAACUUUGUGUUCUUAGGAGACUACGUGGACCGUGGAUACUUCAGUUUAGAGACUUUAACGCUUUUGCUCUGUCUGAAGGCAAAAUACCCUGAUCGAGUGACGUUGGUCCGGGGCAACCACGAGUCGCGACAAAUCACCCAAGUCUACGGUUUCUACGAAGAAUGUUUCCAAAAAUAUGGCAGUGCAUCAGUGUGGAAGGCAUGCUGCCAGGUCUUUGACUUUAUGACCUUGGGUGCCAUCAUCGACGGCAAGGUGCUCUGUGUUCACGGUGGCUUGAGUCCAGAGAUUCGAACCCUCGACCAGGUUCGCGUGGUAGCACGCGCACAAGAGAUCCCCCACGAAGGUGCAUUCUGUGAUUUAGUUUGGUCGGAUCCAGAUGACGUGGAAACAUGGGCUGUCAGCCCUCGAGGAGCAGGAUGGCUCUUCGGAGACCGAGUCGCGGACGAGUUCUGUCAUGUCAACGAUCUCUCUCUGAUCGCACGUGCACACCAGCUGGUCAACGAAGGCUACAAAUAUCAUUUCAACAAUCAAAACGUUGUGACCGUGUGGAGUGCGCCCAACUACUGCUACCGGUGUGGUAACUUGGCCUCCGUCUGUGAGAUCGGGGACGACCUCAAGCCCACCUUCAAAUUGUUCAGUGCAGUCAGCGAUGAUCAGCGGCAUGUUCCAACCUCGCGGCCCGGCCGCAGCGAGUACUUCCUGUAA